AUGGUGCAUCAAAUUGACCAGCUAGUACACGACCUUGAUUUGGCUUCCAAAUCUUCCAAUAGUAAAGGAAGACCAAUCCAAAGGAAAUUUUUUAUUAAAAAUUCAUCCGGCAUGGAAAUCCCUAUUACUAGUUGGAAAUUUAAUGAAUGGGAUUAUGAGAAACAGCACAAAAUAAAAUUAUUGUCAUUAGCAAGAGGCUUAUUUACAAUGAAAUGUGAAGAUGGACAUUACAGAGUGGUUUGUAGAGGCUACGACAAGUUUUUUGCGGUAGAUGAAACAUCAAUGACAAAAUGGAGCAAAAUUUGUGAAGACACUGUGGGUCCAUAUGAAGUUAGCUUAAAAGAAAAUGGAUGCAUUUUAUUGAUAAGUGGUUUAAAUGAUGGUACUUUAGUAGUUUGUAGUAAACAUUCAGUUGGUAAUAGAGAUGAUUUAACCAGAAAUCAUGCCACAUCCGGUGAAAAGUUUUUACGUGCUCAAUUAGAUAACGAUGAAAACUUACUGAGAGAAUUGGCUUUAACCCUGUAUCAUAAUAAUUACACAGCAGUUGCUGAAUAUUGCGACGACUCGUUUGAAGAACAUAUUUUGGAAUAUGAUGGCAACAAUGCUGGUUUAUAUUUACAUGGAUUAAACCAUAAUGUGGAAAACUUUGUAACAGAGUCACUCGACAAAGUAGAUGAGUUUGCUGAUAAAUGGGGAUUUAAAAAGGUUAGACAUUUUAGUGAACCAGCUUUGUCCGGCUUACUUGAAUUUUUUGAGAAAUGUAAACUAACAGGAUCGUUCGAAGGUAAAGAAAUAGAAGGUUUUGUUAUUAGAUGUCAUUAUAAAGAUACAAACUCUCCAUUUUUAUUCAAAUAUAAAUUUGAAGAACCUUAUUUAAUGUAUAGACAAUGGCGAGAAGCUACCAAGGAUUAUAUUAAAAGUGGGAAUAAAGUUAGACCAUUUAAAUUUCCUAAACAUAAAUUUAUCACAAACAAAUAUUUGGAUUUUGUAUGUCCGAUUUUAGACAAAGAUUGUGAAUUGUGCGAGAGGUAUCUACAAAAUUUUGGUAUUAUAAAAUUACGGAAACUUUUUUUGGAAAGUUAUGGCAUGAGCGGUAUAGAGGUUUUAAAUUUGGGGAAAGUUGAGGAAUUAAAUAAGCAGAAUGCUAUCGACAGAGGUCUCAUUGAUAAAAAGACAAAAUUUUUGAUUGUGCCCGUAAGCGUUAUUGGUUCGGGCAAAACUUUGAUUGCCAAUAUUUUAACGAUCUUAUUUUCUGAUACUUGGGGCCAUAUUCAAAAUGACGAUAUUCGAGGCAAAGACAAAUCCAAAUUGAUUCAAAAAUCUUUGGAAUUGCUUCAAACCAAGAAAUGUGUGAUUGUUGAUAGGAACAACCAUCAAUUUUUACACAGAAAACAGAUUUUUGAUUGGAUUUCUGAGUUUAAGGAGGACUACUUGCCAUAUGAUACGAAUAUUCAGGUAAUCGCAGCCCCAUUUAUCGAUCGUGAUGUGAUUAAUGAAGUCGCCAAACAGAAUGUGGAAAGGAUCAUUGAGCGUGGCGACAAUCAUCAAACAAUUAAAUUGUCGAAAGGUGGGGUAAAAAAAAUUAGGGGUAUUAUGAAUUCAUUUGUUAAAUCGUUCCAGCCUCUGAAUACCUCUGUUUUACCAGAUUGUCAAUUUGAUUAUGUUAUUAAGGGCAUUAAUGUAUUGCAAACGAACCCUUCAUUAGAAAAUAGCAAAAUUAUAGUGGGAAAAAUACAUGAAAGGUAUCCAAUUUUAAUUCCGAAUAUACCGACGGACGAAGAGUUUGACAAAGCAUUUAAAACUUGUUUAUCAGUGAGGAAUAAACGAGCUGAACUGGGUCAGAAUGAGGGAGUUCAAAAUGACAAAGGAAAGGUUGGCAAAAAAAAGUUAUCACCGGUAUACUUUUCAGCCAAUAUUGAAGACACUGCUCAAGUCUGUACAGCGAUAUAUCGUUUGUUACGGACAAGUAAUUUAAAUGAUAAUGACGUUAUACACAAAUUGUUUACUAACGGUAAGCUAAAAACACCUUUCCAUGUUACUCUAAGUCAUGUUUCUGGCUCAAAAAAGGGUUCCGAUUUGGAGAAAAAGAUAUGGCUACACUAUAAUGAAGUUUACAAAGAUGCAAUUGUCCACGCUUCCUUAUCAGGUAAAACUAAGCCAGUUAUUCAAAGUCAAGAUUAUUUGUCAAUUGAGUUGAAAAAACUGCUUUGGGAUGAUAAAAUUGCCACUAUUUUGGUAAAUAUAGUCAAUGAUAAGUGUGUUUCCCAUGAGAAUAGCGAUGGCAAUAAUUUUCUUGAAAAAGGAUUAAAUUGCUGUAAUAAAUAUCCACAUAUUACCGUUGGUAUCCUUACGGAGGGUGUUGCCCCAUAUUAUUCCAAUACACUUGCCAUGCAAUAUUACAGCAAUACAAGCAAAACUGAUAUAGAAUGUUUGGAAUUCCCUGAUCCUUUACCUACCAUCAGGGCUAAAGUGGUUAUCAAUUUUUAA